CCAGAUGAGAGCUAUGUUAGACCAAUUAAUGGGAACGACGAGGGAUGGCGAGAGUUCUCGAUACAACGUCAAGUUCACCGAUCCUAAGGUCUGCAAGAGUUUUUUGCUGGGAUGCUGCCCUCAUGAAAUCUUGGCCUCAACUUGAUGUUAUAAUGGGGCAACAGAUUACUCUACGCUUUCUCAGUACCACAUUACACCUCAAGUGGCCGUAAGUAAGACUUAAUGGCAGUGGUGCGUUGCCAACCUCCUUUGUACCUUUUAAGAACAAUCCAACAGCUACUUUUAAUCAACAAAAAAGCAGUGGCUAGAAUUCCUGUCCCUAGUAAACAAAGUACACUGUUGGUUAAUCAACAAAGUAUGGCUACAGUGUCCAUGCUGAGCCAACACAGUGAGAAAGGGCUGUUGGGUAAGUGUGAAACCACGACUCCUCUUCAUUUACAACGGCUAUCUUUUUUGUUGCCUGGUUGACACAUUUCUGUCGUCAACCAACUUCGUGAAUUCGUGGUCUCUAUUCGUAUUUUCUACCUUACGAUUCUUAGCGGAUGGAUAUCGGAGAAUGCGCCAACAUCCACGAUUUAGCUCUUCGAGCGGACUACGAAAAAGCCAGCGAAUCCAAGGACUACGGCUAUCAAGUUGAUGCGAUGGAUCAUUUGACCACAUUUGUCGGUGAAUGUGACCGGAAGACGGAAGCAGCCAAAAAGCGAUUGGCUGAGACCCAAGAAGAAUUGUCGGCUGAAGUGGCCGCCAAAGCGCAAAAGGUUCAUCUUUUAGCAGAACAGAUUGGUCAGAAAUUGGCGAAGGCGGAGCAGUUGGGUGCGGAAGGAUUUGUUGAUGAAUCGAUGAAAAUGAUGGAAGAGGUCGAGGAGUUUCGGAAGAAGAAGGCCGCAGCUGAGCAAGAAUACCGGAAUGCUAUGCCAGCCUCUUCCUAUCAGCAACAGAAACUACGUGUCUGCGAAGUUUGUUCGGCCUAUCUUGGCAUCCAUGACAACGACCGUCGUCUGGCAGAUCACUUUGGUGGCAAGCUUCAUCUCGGCUUUAUUAAAAUCCGUGAGAAGUUGGCCGAACUUCAGGUAAAAGUGGAAGAGAGACGCCGUCAACGUCACGUUCAGCCUGUAACUGAAGACAGAGAGAAACAGAGGGAACGCCAGCGUGAGCGUGAGAGAGAAGAUCGUGAAAGAGAACGCGAAAGAGAAAGGGAAAGAGACCGACGGAGAGAGAGGCGUCGUUCACGCGAUAGGUCACCGGAACGACCCCGUGACAGACGCAAUGAUGGUAGGAACCGUCCUCGUUCUCCGGCCUCACGCAACCAUCGCCAACGGUCUUCCUCACGAGAUUCGGGGAUUCAUCCAGAAAAUUAUUAAAAUCAAAAGCAAUCAUGUGUUUUGAAAUCAUGAAGUCCCGCCCAUUGUCCAUCCUUUGUUUUUUGAAGUAAUACACCUGAAAUUU